AAACUAAAAGAUGUUAAAAUCCCCGGCCGUCGCAUACUAAGCGGCACAAUGUGGGUAAUUGCGACUGGACGAAAUGCGCUGAUUGUGCUCAUAGCCAGCGUUUUAGCAUAUAAUACAUGUGAAACACGCGAGUCUUGUGUCUUCGUAUUGACAGGCAAAGUGAAGAGUGGUUUUCCAGAUGUCGGGCUGCCCAAAUUCCACACAACAAUAGAGGCAGCAAAUGGUACUGCAAUCGAACAGGACUAUGUGGAUAUGUUCAAAGAACUUGGUCCCUCGAUGAUUAUAUUGCCCAUAAUCGCCGUGCUGGGUAAUGUUGCCAUAUCGAAAGCUUUCAGCAGCGCUGGCAUAAGUCCUACUCGCGAAUUGAUUGCGCUUUCGCUCUCCAAUGUGAUUGGUUCGUUCUUCUCUUCAAUGCCGGUGACGGGUUCUUUUUCACGCAGCGCUGUAAAUCAUGCGAGUGGCGUGCGUACACCCAUUGGUGGUUUCUAUACUAGUGCGUUGGUGCUAUUGGCGCUUGGUUUGCUGGCGCCUUACUUCCAAUACAUUCCAAAAGCUGCAUUGAGCGCGGUUAUCAUAUCAGCGGUGAUAUUUAUGAUCGAAUUUGAGGUCAUCAAACCUUUGUGGCGCUGCAGUCGUCGCGAAUUGCUGCCCGGUGCAAUAACAUUCGUUGUGAGCUUAGCCAUUGGUGUCGAGAUCGGUUUGCUGUUGGGCGUUGGCGUGGAUGUGGCAUAUCUGGUGUAUCGCGCUGCCCGUCCAGCACUUAGUGUCUCCAAAUUACGAACCACUAACGGUAUUGAGUAUAUUCUCAUGCGCCCGAUACACAGCUCACUCUACUUUCCAGCAAUCGAGUGGGUACGCACUGGCAUUUCAAAGGCUGUGGCGAUGCAUGGCAUUGCGCCAGUGGUGCUGGAUUGCGCUAAUAUGCAUGAACUCGAUUUCACAGCUGCGCGCGGCAUGGGCGCGGUGAAUAAGGAGUUGGCAAAUAGUUCUGUGCCACUAUUUUUCAUGAAAGCUUCCAAAGAAAUCUGCAUUAUACUAAAAGAAUCUACAAAUUGUGAUUUUGCAACUAUACAAUCGCCGGAUGAUUUAGAAUACAUAUUGGAUAAUACGUUAUCGAUCGAUGAUCAUCGUUUGCAAGUUACCAUUCCACUAAUUUCUGCACAAACUAAACAAAAUGGCGAUUGAUGACCGUGGCGGUCGUUUGUAGUGCUUUAGACAUAAGUUUUUGAAGGUUAUUUAUAAAUGUAUUAGGUUAUUACAAUUUGAAAAACCCAAUUGUGUUUAGAUAUUUUGAGAAUUCUCUAAACGGAAUUUUCUUAAAAUGGUUGGCUAAUGCUGUUAUAAGUAUUUUUACAAGUAUGCAAUCCCUUGCGUUUAUAGAUCAGUACAUACAUAUCUAUGAAUGUAGAUAACUAUUUUAUAUUUUUUGGA